CUCAGCGUUCAUUCAUAGUAUCAUCAUCAUUGCGCUCUCCAUCCAUGUGCAUGCAAUGAUACUCUCAUCACUCAUGAAUAUUUCUGAGAGUAGUGCGGGUCUCGGCACAGUGCUGCCUCUUACUAGUUUCGAGAACGUGCUUUUGUUCCUCUUCAAUGUAAUUCUAGCCACUGCCAUUAUUUUUAUCAACGCGUCUGUGUUUGUCUCCAUCGUGAUGAACAGAUCCCUGCGCAGCGAGAACCGCUUCAUGUACAUGCUCAGCACGUGUCUCAGUGACAUCUGCACGGGCGUCUCGUAUUAUUAUGCUGGAGUUAUGGAUGUACGUGAUUAUUAUGACUCCCCGACUCGCACUUUCUACAUCGCCCUCACUUUUCUGGGUCUGUCCUAUAUGGCGAUUCUGGCCGCGCAAGCGGACCGCUACCACGCGGUCUCAGCGCCUUUCAAAUACUCGCAGCGCAUGACUCGAAACAGAACCCUUCUGGUGAUUCUGGCCUACUGGGUUUAUGGUUUUCUGAUAGCGGCUGUUAAUAAUUUGGUUACUUUGGGGGUUGCUAAAAGAGUCACGUUCCUGGCUGCUUUUGUGGGGAACAUUUUCAGUAUCAUUAUCAUGAUUGGGUUGAACCUCAGACUGUUCUUCAUCGCUAAAUUUCAGCUAGGACGCGAACCGGCGAGCGAGGAACGCGACAACAAGCGCGCCUCCAUUUAUCUCAUCAUAAUAGUAGCCGUGUGUUUUCUGAUCGCGUGGUUACCUCUUUUUCUGCAUGUUAUUGUGUGUAAUUUUGCGGGGACUUCAUGCUAUAUGUUCAGAAAUGAGGGCACAGACCCCCUGCGCAUUUUGGCACGUCUCAAUGCAGUCACCACUCCUUUACUGUACAUCAGAGGCUGUACUGCACUCAGAAGCACCGUUAUGAUUAAAGUCUGGAGAAUACCAUGCUGCAAGAGUAAAGGAGUGAACCCACAGAAUAUGGAGACGACUAUACAUAUAGAAGUGAAGUGA